UGACAGGAAAGGCUGACGGCUUUAAAUGUGUUUCUUCUUCUACUGUCUCUCUGUGUUUUUAGGUUCUGUUGUUCCCCAACAACCUGUUCUCCAGCCUGUCCUGGUCCUCCUUCCAGGUCUUCAUGCAGAUCUAUGAGAUCGACCUCACAGGCAACAAGGUUCCACAGGUGACCUCCAGCGCUGCUCCGAUGCUGACCAGCCUCAGCGUUCUCCGGCUGGGCUCGAACCACCUGACGUCCCUCCCUGACGGAUCCUUCUCCGCCUGUCCCGCUCUGACUGAACUCUACCUGGACAACAACGCCCUGGUCUCUCUGAGCAACUUCAGCUUCUCUGGACUCAGCAAGCUGGAGAUCCUGGACUUGUCGUCCAAUCGUAUCAAGGUUCUUCCCCAGCUCAUGCUCCACCCCCUCCUUGCGAUAGAGACCCUCUACCUGCAGAACAACAAGAUCAAGACGAUGCCAGAUGAUUGGUUCUUCCAGAAGGAGGAUGUGCCGUACGUCUUACUCUCAGCCAACCCCUGGGCCUGCUACUGUACUCUUGGUUACUUGCACAGGUACAUUGAUGAAUAUGACAUCAACAUCUACGUCCGGGAUGGUCCGCUCUUCGCGAACGAACCUCAGAGUGUGGUGUGUGACUCUCCAGAGUGGCACAAGGAAAAACCUUUAAUGAGUCUGAAAGAAUCUGAUCUGUGUUCACCUGCGACAGAACUGUCUCCAAGACGUGGAGACGGCCACGAGCGCAUGAUCGUCACAGAUACUGCUGCUACGACUAUCCCAAAUACAACUCCUGUUCCUCCUGUUCCUACUGUUGUUCCUACUGUUGUUGGAGGGGAGGAGGAAAGGGUGGAGCCUCGGAGCAGCUGGGGGGAGUGGCUGGCUCACUACCUACCCAGCAUGCCCUGGGGUGUGACCACACCUCCUGAGUGCGUGGCAGCUGAGUGAAGAAACGUUAUGGGCCCAAAGGAGUCAUGACAUCACUUCCUGUCUCAUAUCUCAACAUUUAUUUAGUCGGUCGUGUUCCUGAGGUUUUACUCUCUAAAUCUGAUCGACACCAGCGACAAAAAUAAAAUGGGAAACUAAAAAUACGGAAUAUUCUUUGAUUGUUCGCGUUCAAACUAAUAUUUGUUUUCCAAGUUAGCAAAGCAAAUAAUCUAACACGUAACAGCUGCGGAAAGAAAACUCCCGCACUGUGAAAUGAUCAAUGAUGGAUCGGAUGUUUUUAAAUCGACCCGACCUUGUUCUUCAGUGGAGAGCUUUUUGUUUUCAUCUUUAAUUUGUUGGACUUAUUAUAGAGCGGUUACAUUUAUAACACACGAAUAAGUAAAACAACUUCGCUUCAUAUGUUCAGAUAAAGUUGUUUAAUAACUCUUAGAAUAAAUAAUAAUUUGUGCACAUUUAUAAGUUAAAUAAGAUGUUUUUAAUGUAAAAUCAAAGUAAGAAAAGCAGUUUAAUAAAUGUAUUGCAUGUACUAAAGUAGAACAAUAAAACUACUUUUAUUGUCAUGAGUCUUCCCACAGGGUCCAUGAGAACAAUCCAAACACACUUGAUGUGUUUAAAUAAAGAUUGUUUGUGUCUUCAAUGUUUCUGAGUUUGAUCCAUGAACUGUGCAUUUCAUUUUAAAUUCUCUAAAUGAAAGUUAAAUUGUGUCGUAUAAAAGCACCUUCGGUUUGUAUGCCUCUGGUUAUUAGAAUAACACGCUCUAUAUCUUGAUUAAACAAUUAAAUAUCUAUAGCUUUAAGUUUUUACAUUCAUGUUUAUUUUAUUGUGUUGUAUUUACUUUCUAUGUGAUUCACUUUUGGCUGCAUGUUUGUAUGAAAGUAUAAAUACCAAAAUAAAGUGAAGUUAAAUGUC